AUGCGUACAAGUUACUCUGAGGUGAUCUACAGAAACAGCGAUGGACACGUCAUCAAGUUUAACAUCGUGACCAACGAGACAGAAGUCCUGCUCAGCAACACCACUUUUAUCAACUUCAACGUGGAUAAAUACUCGCUCUCCCCCGACCUGAAGUAUGUGCUGUUCGCUUACGACGUCAAGCAGGUUUAUCGUCACUCCUACAUGGCGUCAUACAGCAUCUACAACAUCCACACAAGAGAGGUUUGGGCGCUGGACCCUCCGGAGGUGGGGAACUCGGUGCUCCAGUACGCUGCCUGGGGGGUGCAGGGGCAACAGCUGAUGUACAUUUUUGAGAACAACAUCUACUACCAGUCGGACGUGAAGAGUAACUCUCUGAGGCUCACGUCUUCAGGCAAAGAGGGCGUGAUCUUCAACGGCAUCGCGGACUGGAUCUACGAAGAGGAGAUCUUGGAGACCCACGUGGCUCACUGGUGGUCCCCUGAUGGAGAGAGACUGGCCUUCCUGGUUCUGAACGACAGCCUGGUCCCAAACAUGGUCCUGCCCCGCUUCACUGGGACCACCUACCCCCGGGGCAAGCACUACCCCUACCCCAAGGCCGGGCAGCCGAACCCUGUGGUCAAACUGUUUGUGGUGAAUCUGUACGGACCGACGCACACGCUGGAGCUGGUGCCUCCGGAGGUUCUCAAGCUGCGGGAGCAUUAUGUGACAAUGGUGAAGUGGAUCAGUAAAACCAAGACGGCGGUGCGCUGGAUGAACCGCGCUCAGAACAUCUCCAUUCUGACCGUGUGCGACACCACCACCGGCGCCUGUGUCACCAGACACGAGGAAAGCUCCGAGCUCUGGCUGUCGAAGCAGACGCAGGAGCCGGUUUUCUCUCGAGACGGCAGCAGGUUCUUCCUCACUGUUCCGGUCAAACAGGGAGGAAGAGGAGAGUUCCACCACAUCGCCAUGUUCACCUCACAGUUUAGAGCGGACCAGAACGAAGUGAGACAUCUGACGUCAGGAAACUGGGAGGUGACCAGGAUCGUGGCCUACGACGAGAACUCCGACAAUCUAUAUUUCUUGAGUACAGAGGGCUCCCCACGCCGACGGCAGCUUUACAGUGUGAAAACAGUGGGUUUGUUCCCGCGGCGGUGCCUCACAUGUGACCUGAACAAAGCACACUGUCUGUACUUCGACGCUGACAUCAGCCCCUCCCAUCAGCAGAUCAUCCUCAAGUGUCAAGGACCUGGCGCCCCCACCGUGAUGCUGCACAGCCUGGACACAUCAAAUUACUACAUCCUGGAGAACAACUCUCUGCUGAAGUCGGCUCUCAGGUUUAAGAGGAUCCAUCUGACCGAGUUCAGGACGGUCCCCAUCGAACACUUUGAUUUACCGCUGAAGAUUUUGUACCCACCAGACUUCUCAGAAUCAAAGCACUAUGGACUUUUGUUCGUCAUGGACAGCGCCCCCGGUGGUCAGCUGGUGAGUGAGCAGUUCUCUGUGGACUGGGACUCGGUGCUGGUGAGUUCGCACAGUGUGGUGGUGGCUCGGCUGGACGCUCGGGGCAGUGGCUUCCAGGGACAGAGACUCCUGCACGAGCUGCACCACAGACUGGGGACUGUGGACCUGCAGGACCACAUCACCGCCGUGGAGUACAUGCUGAAAUUUCCAUUUAUCGACCGCACCAGGAUAGCGCUGUUCGGGAAGGGUUACGGAGCGUACUUGGCCUUGAUGCUGAUGAAGUCCACUGACAGUUUGUUCAAAUGCGCCUGCGCCAUGUCCCCAGUGACGGACUGGAAACUCUACGCCUCCGCCUUUUCCGAGCGAUACCUGGGGUUACCGCUUCGAGACGACAGCCGGUACCAGUUUUCCAGCGUGCUGCAGAACGUCCAGGCGUUCCGGGAUCAGACGCUGAUGCUGGUGCACGGAACAGCAGAUGCAAACAUUCACUUCCAGCACACGGCGGAGCUGGUAAAAAACCUGGUGAAAGUGGGAGCCAACUACUCCAUGCAGAUCUACCCAGACGAGGGCCACGUCCUGUCCGAGCCGAGCCUCCACCACCUCCACUCCACUCUGACCAGUUUCUACAGAGAUUGUCUGAAAGAGGAGCUGCUACCGCCGUCCGAGGAGGAAGAGGAGGAGGAAGAGUGA